AUGCUGGACUACGGAAACUUUGUGCCGGGGAACCUUUGGUCUUCGAGGGAGACGGUGCUGCGACUCCUUGGGGCGAAGCUCACUCUUCUGCCCAAUUAUGACCAGGUCAUCCAGGCCUUCGACGCCGGGGCCGGAGUCCUCGAGGCCACUCAGUACUCCCACUUCCUUUUCAUAACACGCAAAAGGAGCAAGAAUGCCUAUGUCGUCGAGGAGAAGCUUUAUCCUAGCAAUGUUGGAUGGGUCUUCCAGAAGGGAGCUCCAUAUAAACAUAUCUUCGAUAGGUACCUCAGUUGGAUGUCCCAGGCGGGGCUGGUUGAGUACUGGCGUGGGACGGUGGUGGAGGACUUUCGCCGGACCUCGGGGGACAGUCCAGAGACGUCGUCACAGACGGUGGGCAGCCAGUGGUUGCAGCCCCUCGCAUUAGACCACCUGCAGGGAGCGUUCAUCGUUAUGCUGCUGGGCACCAUUGUGGCCCUGCUUGUGCUGGCUGUAGAAGUAUCUCUCUACAUGUGCAGGUAG